UUGAGUUAUAAUCAUCGAAUUGAUCGAUCUUUACAUCGACAGAUGGAUCGACGGGUGGGGAUCAUCGGGGCUGGGAUCAGCGGCCUACUGGCCUGCAGAUAUAUGCUGGAGAAGAACAUCCAUCCUAUCAUCUUUGAAGCUAGGAACAGCAUUGGAGGAGUAUGGCGCCAAACAGUUGAAUCAACCAAGCUCCAAUCACCUAGAGAUGCUUACCAGUUCUCAGACUUCCCAUGGCCGUCGGAUGUCGAAGAAGAAUUCCCCAACAGUAAUCAAGUCAUGGAGUACAUCCAAUCCUACGCCGAUCACUUCCACAUCCUUCCUUACAUAAAAUUCAACUCUAGAGUGGUUGCGAUCCACUAUGUUGGACCGUCUGAUGAAGAGAUGGCCACGUGGGACCAGUGGGCCGGGACCGGCGAGGCCUUCAAUUCCGGCGGGAAAUGGCACAUAAGUGUAGAAGAGGGUGAUCAGCAAUCCAUAGAGGUUUACCAAGUGGAAUUUGUGAUCCUAUGUAUCGGCCGGUUCAGCGACGUCCCAAACAUUCCCGAAUUUCUGCCCGGAAAAGGCCCAGACGCAUUCAAAGGUCAGGUUAUCCACUCUAUGGACUACUCAGCCAUGGAUAAUGCUAGCGCGGCUGAAAUGGUUAAAGGAAAACGGGUUACAGUCAUUGGGUUUCAAAAAUCAGCACUUGAUAUUGCGGCAGAGUGCGCUGAUGCAAACGGGAGGGAGUUGCCAUGUACAGUGAUAUGCAGGACAGUACAUUGGACGGUCCCUCAUUAUCUUCCAUGGGGUGUUCCACUAGGGCUUCUAUACGUUAAUCGUUUCUCGGAGCUUCUUAUUCAUAAACCUGGUGAAGGACUUCUCCUUAGCCUACUUGCAACCCUUCUUUCUCCUGUGAGAUGGGGAAUCUCCAAAUUCGUUGAGAGCUACCUCAAAUGGAAGCUCCCUCUAAACAAGUAUGGAAUGGUACCAAAACACAGCUUCCAUCGGCAAAUCUCUACUUGUCAAGUCACAACUCUUCCAAACAACUUCUACAGCAAAGUGGAAGAAGGGAGUAUCAUCUUGAAGAAAUCACAAUCGUUCAAUUUCUACAAGGACGGUUUGAUCAUCGAUGGUGGAGAUUCGCUUCUGGAGUCGGACAUGGUGAUCCUUGCUACCGGAUACAAAGGUGAUCAAAAGCUCAAAGACAUAUUCACGUCGCCGAUCUUUCAGAAAUACGUCAUGGGGUCAUUGACUUCUACAGUUCCUCUCUACAGAGAGUGCAUCCAUCCUCGGAUUCCACAACUAGCAAUUAUCGGAUACUCUGAAAGUCUGUCCAAUUUAUAUACAUCUGAAAUGAGGUGCCAAUGGCUCGCCCAUUUUCUUGACGGCGGUUUCACAUUGCCCAGUAUUACAAAUAUGGAAGAGGACAUAAUAAGAUGGGAAAAAUACAUGAAACGGUAUUCGGGUGAGUACUACAGGAGAUCAUGCAUAGGUAUUGUCAACAUCUGGUACAAUGAUCAGCUGUGUAAAGAUAUGGGAAUCAACCCGAGAAGGAAGAAAGGAUUUUUCGCUGAGUUGUUCUCUCCUUAUGGACCUCUGGAUUACAAAGAAAUCUCCAUGGUUAAAUAGUUUUAGAACUCUUACUUAUUCUUAGUAAAUUGACAAUGUAAUGAAAGUUUGGUAUUUUGAGUUGAAUUACAGGUUUAGUCCUAUAUAUGCAUAUCAAGUCAUUGUAAAACACAAUUUACAGUACUAGUUGUUGCCAUAAAAGGGGAUUGUCUUCAAAGAAAUCAAGGGAAGAAAUUCAAAUUAGCCCA